AUGGCAGAGCUUGGGCUCUGCGUCAAUGAGGAGGGCAAGGAGCGACACCUGGUAGACGGGGCUCUCGCGUUGCUGGAAGAGAAGCACGCGAGCUGGGAAGAGCUAGAGGAAGCCUUCGGCGUGUUCGACUGCGAUGGCGACGGAUUCAUAAGCCCCAUGGAGCUACACAAUGUGAUGGCAAGGUUAGGUUUGCAACAGGACGCUAGCCACGAGGAGUGCGAGAGAAUGCUCCACGUUUUCGACAAAGACGGCGAUGGAGUGAUCGACUUCGAAGAGUUCAAAGUCAUGAUGCAAGGAGCUGUCUGA